CCCCGCGGUCCGCGCCCAGCGGGCGCUCUAGCCGGUGACGUCUAGUCGCGUCUGUAGCCGGCGCCUUGAUACGCUGCUCCCAGCACAGGUUGCGAAUCCCGGGCGCCUUGCUCGCAGAGAAAUCCUCUGCGUGGGGCGCAGACGGGAACGGCCGGCUUCUCUAAGUCUGUGGUUUGUAGACUUCUCCUUCCCUUCCGGCCUCCUCCACAGGUCAGACAUGGAGCUCGGCAGUAGCGGCUCCAGCUUUCAGUCGGACCUGGAUUUCUGUCCGGAGUGCGGCUCCGUCCUGCCUCUGCCUGGCGCUCAGGACACGCUUGCCUGCACGCGUUGCGGCUUCCCGGUCAGCGCGAGGGACUUCGAAGGAAAGGUUGUCAAGACCUCAGUUGUGUUCCACAGACUAGGGACAGCCAUGCCUGCGUGGGGGGAGGAAGGACCUGAGUCCCAGGGACCCGUGGUUGAUAGGCGCUGCUCGAGAUGCGGUCACGAGGGGAUGGCCUACCACACCAGACAGAUGCGCUCGGCCGACGAGGGCCAGACUGUCUUCUACACCUGCACCAACUGCAAGUUUCAGGAAAAGGAAGACUCUUGAUCUUUUUUUCUGGAUGACUCAACAGCAUCUCACUGCUUCUCCUAGACGUUGAAGGAUAAGGUUCUUAGAUGCCUUGGCAUCAUGCUGUCUGGUUGCGGUGGUUUUACUCCCAGAGGAGAGUCAGAUCAUCAUGCUGCAACUACCCUAUCCCCAGAGUCCUCCUACCCCUAAUUGAGUUUAUUAAAGUUAUGUUUUUCUGUAAAACCCUA